AUGCAGUCAACAGAUCCCCAUACGACUGAACUUGGGAAAGACGUUCAACCUUUCCCGGUAGCCGUAAAUCCCACAAAUCCCAGACAACGCAAUCGACUACACAACCAGGCUAUCAGGAGAGCAAAAGCAAAUAUCGGCAAACGCCGUGAUCAUGUUCCCAUACCACCUCGAAACCACGACGCUGAUGCAAGACGUAGCCUUGUUCCCGUGGUCACCACGACCGAGGCUGGACUGGGCGCCCAGCUUACAAGAACCGCUAUCGUGAUAUCCCCAAGAUCAACAGUCACGUCUGGCGGGCUUCGCGGCGAUCCUUUCUGCGCGUUUCCGAUAUCUGCAGACGGCACCGUCCUCUCGGCGGUGGAUUAUUUCCUCCAGCAUUAUGCUCCUGUCCACAUUAACCCUAGGAAGGACCACCUCCAACAAGCAGAUAGCUUACCGCUCUCACGAAAGUACUUCGGGCUUGCGUUGGAGAACGCUUCGAUGUUCGAGCUGAUGGUCGCUCUUUCUCGAGCGUCUUUCGAUGCCCGGCAGGGCAACGCUCGGGAACCCGCACGAGAAGUCUUGGUUCACUAUGGCAAAGGCAUUGAAGCACUGCGCCUGAAAAUGGCCAAGAGCUCAACCUGUGAUGACGAUGCCGCCAUCCUCUCUGUGAUGGCAUUGUUAGGAAUCGCAUUGAUUUAUGGUGACUUCCGGUCCUUCGAGACGCACCUAACAGGGCUCCGGCACCUGGUCGACAUGCGAGGAGGGGUAGACUCGUUAGGCUGGGAUGGCUUCAUCAAGAAUUCCAUCACUGGGCUGGAGUCUCUCUGGGCCUACCACGAAAACAGGAAACUCAGCAUUGCGACAACUGAAACUCAUAUCAAACUCGAAUACCCGGAACAUCCGUUUCCUCCGGAGCUCUGCGUCACGAUCGCGCAACUUCCUGAUGGGUUCCGUGAGCUUGUCCUGUCAGCCACACUCAGUCUUCAGAUAAUUGCGCUCUUAUCAAGCGUGUCACAAUGGAUUGAGCAAAUGCAACUUGGCCGAAAGAAGAAUGUUCUACCGCUAGGAGAAUCCAAUGGCACGUAUCUGAGGCAGACUCACAGGUGUCUCGAGUUGGUCCCUCUCCAGGGACUCGGUGUAAUGGAAAGGGCGAUUUGCGCUGCCAUUGCGACUUUGACAACCGAGACUAUCAACAAGACCAAGCAGCAGAACCCCGUUCACAGACGGAUGAUUGAAACGCUCUCGGAAAUGUUGUAUCGACACGAUCUGCAGUCGUUGCCGGUUGAAUGCACCAUGUGGUUGGCACUGGUUAUAGCAGGACCUCCCCAUCCGGUCGAAGGAGACGUUGCCAGUCCUGCAUCAUCGGCAGGUGAAAGCUGCAACAGUGAUCAACCGCAAAGACCUCGAGAUGUACUCCUUGACAAGAUCAUCCAAGAUUCGUCUUCCGCCAGGAACUGGAAGUGGGUGAAAAAGGCCGUGCAGAAGUUCUUCUUUGAUGAAGAGCUCCUAGAAGCAUGGCGGCAGACGUGGGGAGUUGCCGUGCUGCGACAUGCGCACUUGGCCAAAAAGAGACGGCUGGUGAUCGCCUGA